GUAUAUUAAACAUUUUAGAUUUAUAGGUGUUUAAGUUAUAAGUUUUAAACCGUGUGUUGACUUGUGUCGGCGAUAUACCGGCUCUUAAAAACUCGUGAAGUCGAUUCCUUUUAAAUAUAGGGACUUAUUUAGUUGUUUUCAUUUUAAAGUUGCAAGUCGUGCAGAAAGGGGGCUGUACUUAGAGGACGGGGCCAGUUAUUCGUUUAGUCCAAUCGUAACUGAUCCUGAGAAGCGGAUGUAAACGUCACGUUAAGGCGGGAUUAUGUUUUGCAUGCUUUACACACUUUUAUUUCCUUAACCUGCUUUCCUGUCAUUUUUUGUUGUUGGUAAUUGUCAAGUACGUAGCUUUGAUCUAUAGCUCAUAUUUAUCUUACUCAGAAAAGGACAAGCGAUUGAAGAUGGGCUAUAUGUUUGUGGAGGAACACACAUCUAACAUGCUUCAUCUUAAGAGGUCUCCUGGGAUUAGAUCUUGGUCUCUUCUUGUCGGAAUUGCUUCAGUUGGACUUGCAGCAGCCUAUUACAGCUCUGAUAGCAUAUUAUGGAAGAUGUUCUAUGUGACCGGCUGUUUGUUUGUCGCUCUACAAAACAUGGAGGAAUGGGAGGAGGCAGUAUUUGACAAAUCUAAGGGUGAAAUAGCAUUAAAGACUUUUAGUCUCUAUACCAUGAUAUUGACUUUCUGGAAAAGAGGUCAGGAGACAGUGUUGUUAGAUCUGCGACACUUGCGUGACGUGAGUGUUCAGGAGGAGAAGGUGAGGUAUCUUGGGAAGGGUUACCUGUUGGUCCUGCGUUUGGCAACCGGAUUCUCUCAUCCGCUUACACAGAGCGCCACGCUGGGAUCACGCUGUGAUGUAGAAGCAGUUGGUGCUCUUCUGAAGCGCUUCUUGGGUCUCGAGGAGUUAAACAAGCAACUGGCUCAAGACGACUAUCCAAAUGAAGACGAGGACGACAUUGAAGAUUUGGGGUUGGGUGACAGCAGUGAUUCACAAGAUGAAGCUGAUUUUUAAAACCUCAGAGGUUUCUUUUGUUGUGGAAAUGGUGUUGAACACUGUAUCAAGCCUAAAUCUACCAAAUCUCAUCAAACUUUAGAAAUAGAUGAUUGUUGCAUAGUAUUUUCAGUUGCAUUUUAAAGAGGCAUUACCAGAUUAUAUUUAAUACUUUAAUUGUUAAGUCUGUGCAUGAGUUAUCUUUAAAAUAACUGCAUAAUGAAUUAACCUUUCAUUGGUGAAAGAACAGGUGCCACUAAUCCACUAAAUGCAUGUUUAGUCAGAUGAUACGGUUUCUUUAAUUACUGCAUAAGCAUUACAAGCUGUUAUUUGUCAUGUUUAUAGCUUUUCUCAUCAUUUUUUUCAUUUUGUAAAUAUUUGAACAUCAUUUUUGAGUCUAAAGCCAGGUAAGAAGAUUUGGCAUAUGCUCAAAAACUACUUGUCUUCAAAGGAGAUGCUUUUUUAAACUAGACCUUUUCUGUAUUAGAUUAAUAUAAGUUUAACAAUAGAGUUCACCCAAAAAUUAAAAUUCUGUUAUUUUCUCAUCAUGUUGUUCUAAACCUGUAUGAAUUUCAAAAAUAUUGAACACAAAAUAUAUUUUGAUAAACACAACUGAUUAGAACUAUUGACUUCCAAAGUGGGGAAAGCAAAUAUUAUGGAAGUAUUGUGAUAAAUGAUGGUAUUUGUUUUUCCUACUAUGGAAGUCAAGGGUUAUAAACAUCAGUGCUUACCAUCACUUAUUAAAAUAUCUACUUUUAUCAAAAAAAAAUCAUACAGGAUUAAAAUAACAUGAGGAUGAAAAAAAACAAUGAUUUUCAGUUUUUCUGAAGCUUUUCAGUUUUUGUUUUUAAUAAAAGAAUUUGACAACA